AUGAGACUGUAUAAAUUACCGAAGUCCUGUGUCACAGUAGGUGCUGGCACGAAAAAGAUCCCUCACUGCUCAUUGGCCAUAAGUGUUGGUGAAAUAUACUGCCCAUUGGAGGUAGCAGAAAAUGUUGAUCCUAUAGAAAGUGAAAAUCAGACAACAGAUUCCAAAACCUCUGAAAAUGUGGAGCAAGAGGUGGAUCUGAAAGUAAAUGAAAACUCAGAAGUGGAUCCAGAGGAUGAUGGAAAUACCAGUGUUGAUCCAUCAGUGGUGGAGAAGCUGUCAUUAGGAUUACUGGAGAUUUGUCUGCCUCCUUUACAGAAAUCCAAAAGCUCACUUGAUGACCUUCUACAAAACCAGCAGUUCAUGGUAGAGUCGGUACAACAGGAGAAUGCUAAGUUUACAGAUUGUCAAGACAUGGAGGAAAUCACUAAAACGAUGGCCCAGGCAAAGAAAUACCACACAAAGCUGAUCAACCUCAAGAAAGAGAUGAAUGCUUUGUCUGAGAAAGCUGCCAAGCUAAAGAGGCGAGCUGUGAAGAUUCAGCAGCAAAAACAGAAGGAGGAUCUACAAAAAGUUCAUCAGAAGGAGCGUGAACAAGAGAGAGAGAAAAUGUUAGAGGCCAAAGUCGUUAAAAAGCCCCCAUCUACAUCAUAGCAUCAUCAAAAAACAUCUUUGA